AUGGUGGGCGCGCUCAUCGGCGCCAACCUGUCCGUCUUCAUGCUCUGGCGCGUGCUCGCCAAUGUGGAUCCCAUGUUCAUGAGGAAACAUUUCAUGAUCUCGCUGGACAAUUUCACGAGUGGGCGUUUGCACACGAUGCUCACAAGUGCUUUCAGCCACAUGAACCUUAAGCACCUCUUCAACAACAUGGUCGGCCUCUACUUCUUCGGCUCAAGCAUUGCCCGCACGUUUGGCCCUGGUUUUCUUUUCCAACUGUACGUUACUGGAGCACUUACUGGGUCGGUAUUCUACCUGGCAGAAAAGAUUUUUCUAGCUCCACGAAAAGAGGUUUUUGGAGGAUGGAAAACUCCCUGUCUUGGUGCAAGUGCUGCAGUUAAUGCAAUUAUUCUUCUUGAGAUAUUUUUGCAUCCGACGAAGCUACUAUACUUACACCUUUUCAUUCCCGUUCCAGCUGCAUUAGUGGGAGUUGGUUUGAUUGGUGCUGAUUUGUGGAGGGUCAAGAAGGGCGGGAGUCGCGUGUCAGGCUCUUCUCAUCUAGGGGGUGCCCUAGUGGCGGCGGUUGCCUUUGCGGAAAUCAAGGGCUGGAUCUGA